AUGUGUUUUGCAUUUUUAACAAAGAACCUGAAUUAUUCCAAACUGCUUUUCCAACCGUGCAUUUUAUUACUGACAGUGUCAGGAGGAGUGUCUGCAGUACAGAAUCAGAACUUAUUGGACAACAACAUGAAGCUUUGGAUUCAUUUGCUAUAUUCAGCUUUGAUUGCUUCAGCCUCUAUACAGUCUCCGCCUGCAUUGUCACCAGUUAGAGGAUCUUGUGAUUCUCUGUGUUCAUGUGAGGAAAAGGAUGGUUUACUGCUUAUAAACUGUGAAGAAAGAGGUAUCACGACGUUAUCCCAAAUAAAUGUGCCACCAUCAAGACCCUUCCAUCUAUUUUUAUUAAAUAAUGGAUUGACUACAUUACACACAAAUGACUUUUCUGGACUUACCAAUGCCAUCUUAAUACAUCUUGGAUUUAAUAGUAUUGUGGAUAUUGAACCUGGUGCAUUUAAUGGCCUUGGCCUUCUGAAGCAGCUUCAUAUUAAUCAUAAUUCUUUAGAAAUUCUGAAAGAGGAUACUUUCCAUGGCCUAGAGAACCUGGAAUUCCUUCAAGCAGAUAACAAUUUCAUCACAGUGAUUGAACCAAGUGCCUUUAGCAAGCUCCAUAGGCUAAAAGUCUUAAUUCUAAACGAUAAUGCCAUUGAGUUUCUUCCCCCAAACAUAUUUCGCUUUGUCCCAUUGACCCAUCUAGACCUCCGUGGGAAUCAAUUACAAACAUUGCCAUAUGUUGGGUUUUUGGAGCACAUUGGCAGGAUAUUGGACCUUCAGCUGGAAGACAAUAAAUGGGUCUGCAAUUGUGACUUAUUGCAGUUAAAGACAUGGUUGGAAAAUAUGCCUCCCCAGUCUAUCAUUGGUGAUGUUGUCUGCAAUAGCCCUCCAUUUGUCAAAGGAAGUGUUCUAAGUAGACUGAAAAAGGAAUCUAUCUGUCCCACUCCUCCAAUACAUGAAGAAUAUGAGGAUCCCUCAGGGUCAUUACACCUAGUAGUGACCUCUUCUAUAAAUGAUGGUCAUAUAUCAACCAAGACAACAUCUAUUUCAAAAAGUCCCACCAAGGUACCAGGUUUAGUACCUCAUGCUACAAAGCCAUCCACUCCACUUCCAGGACCUUAUUGUCCAGUUCCUUGUAACUGCAAAGUUCUUUCCCCAUCAGGACUUCUAAUUCAUUGCCAGGAACGAAAUAUUGAAAGUUUAUCUGACUUAAAGCCUCCUCCCCAAAAUCCUAAAAAACUUAUUUUAGCAGGCAAUAUUAUUCAAACCCUAAUGAAAUCUGACCUGGUAGAAUAUUCCACUUUGGAAAUGCUUCACUUGGGAAACAACCGGAUCGAGGUUCUUGAGGAAGGGUCAUUCAUGAACCUUACUAGAUUACAAAAGCUCUAUCUAAAUGGUAACCAUCUGACCAAAUUAAAUCGUGGCUUAUUCCUUGGGCUCCAGAAUCUUGAGUACCUAUACCUUGAAUAUAAUGCCAUCAAGGAAAUAUUACCUGGAACUUUUAAUACAAUGCCAAAACUUAAGGUCCUCUAUUUGAAUAACAAUCUACUCCAAGCUUUACCACCUCAUAUAUUUUCAGGAGUUCCCUUAACCAGGAUAAACCUCAAAACAAACCAGUUUACACAUUUACCUGUGAGUAAUGUUUUGGAUGAACUGGAUUUGUUGAUCCAGAUUGAGCUCGAGGAUAAUCCCUGGGACUGCUCAUGUGAUUUAGUUGGGUUACAGCAGUGGAUACAAAAGCUAAGCAAAGAUGUAGUAACUGAUGACAUUCUCUGUACAUCCCCAGGACAUCUAGAUAAAAAAGAACUGAAGUCAUUGAAUAGUGAACUUUUAUGCCCAGGCCUAAUUAAUAGCCCAUCCCAGCCAACCCAUUCUAGUUUUAUAAUUGUCACCACUCCUACAACCACCACCAAUACUGCGGAUACCAUUUUAAGAUCACUUACAGAUGCAGUUCCACUUUCUGUUUUAAUCUUGGGCCUGCUCAUUGUGUUUAUAACUAUUGUGUUCUGUGCUGCAGGAAUAGUGGUUCUUGUUCUCCACCGUAGGAGAAGGUGCAAAAAGAAACAAGCUGAUGAGCAAAUGAGGGACAGCAGCCCCGUGCACCUCCAGUACAGCAUGUAUGGUCAUAAGAUGACACAUCACACAACUGAACGUCCUAGUGCAUCGAUGUAUGAGCAGCAUAUGGUGAGCCCAAUGGUUCAUGUCUACCGAAGCCCAUCUUUCAGCCCCAAACAUCUAGAACAAGAGGAGGAGAAAAAUGACAAAGACGGAAAUGACUCAAAACAUCUCCAGAGAAGUCUUCUCGAAAGGGAAAACAGUUCACCUCUCACAGGUUCAAACGUGAAAUACAAAGCCACAGAUCAAUCAGCAGAAUUUCUAUCCUUCCAGGAUGCCAGUUCCUUAUAUAGAAACAUUCUGGAGAAAGAACGGGAACUUCAGCAACUGGGGAUCACAGAGUACCUGAGGAAAAAUAUUGCCCAGCUCCAGCCUGAGAUAGAGGUGCAUUAUCCUGGAACACAUGAGGAGCUAAAAUUAAUGGAGACAUUAAUGUACUCCAGACCAAGGAAGGUGUUAGUGGAACAGACGAAAAAUGAGUAUUUUGAGCUCAAAGCUAACUUACAUGCUGAACCUGACUACUUAGAAGUCCUGGAACAGCAAACAUAA